AUGAAGCAAUAUCUCAUUUUCCUACUUCUCAUUUGCUAUGUUGCCUGCGAAGACGAAUAUGGAUGCGAAGACGAUUGUGAGUGUCCAAGCUUUCUUGAUCUAAUAACAAAUGAAGAACACAUAUUUUACACGGAAAAUGCUGGAUGCAAUCGGAAUGCGACGUGCGUGCCAGGUACUCAUACUACAAUUGCCUUUCGUUGGAGAGAAUCCGAAAUUCCUAAGCCAGAUGAUGACGUUACGGGCCUUGGAACUGUUCAAGCUGUUCUUGGUACUGCCGGCCCAUUUGACAUCUUUACACAAUGCGGCGUGAUCUGUGAAAAUAAUGAAUGGUACAUCACAAAAUAUCCAAGAGGAGCUGUCUAUAGAGGAUCGGACUUUUCAAACAGCCUGGUCGAAGAGGACACUGUUAAUGGGCUGAAAUCCAAGGUCUUUUUUGUAUUGUGGUAA